UAGACGAAUCAAUGGAUUGACGUGUUCGCUCUCAGAUAGAAGGCAUAUUUGUUCGCUUUUUCUGCAGUCGAACUUCUGUCUGCUUGAGGCACUCAUGUAAAUAUCCAAUAAACAGAACAAAACUACGAAUUGUGCAUUUCUUCUGGCACUAAAAGCCUAUGAAUUUGGAUAUUUGUUAACAUACAGCCAAUGAUAUAGCGGGGAGCUGGGAACCAGGAAAUAUGUUUUGAGUUUCUGUAGAGUUCGAACUUCACUGUGUGCCUUGAAAACGUAAACAUUUCUAGAUUUCUUUGGAAAGGGGUUUAUUGUACCUUGUAUGGAUACAUUGAGGUAUUUAAGUAGAUAGGUAUGCCUACCUUUGGUAUUUACUGGAACACGAAGGUAGCUUUUGGCACAGAUUUAUUGGAAUUUAUUAUAUGAUAUCUUGUCAAUGGCGGAAAAUUACUUCGGGCCGGCGAACGAUUUAUACGUGACGGAAACAGAAAGACAAGAAGGAGUGGUCGAUGGUGACUGCCUGAACAAUGAUGAGGAUUUAGAACAAGUAGAAGAAGAAAUAGAAACCCGUUGUGGACUCGGAACAUGUCGUCCUGGCAUUCUUCAGCGAUGCAAUAAUCCCACAUUUCUUCUUUGUUGCCUCUGUGUUUAUACAUUAGUUCAUGGAUUUGCUGUAAAUGGUAUCAACAAUGUCAACACAACAUCUUACGAACGUCGGUUUGACCUGACCAGUUCGUCUGUUGGCUGGAUCUCAAGCAGUUUCGACAUUUCUGCAGCAAUCUGUGGCGUUAUCAUAGGUUUCUAUGGAAACAGAAGGAAAAAAGGUCGAAUUUUGACAGGAGCUUUCAUAUUAUCGUCAUUAGGUUCCAUGUGUAUGUGGUUGCCCCAUUUUAUCACACCUCGGUAUGAGUGGGGCCAGGGUCAGUCGCAUCUUUGUUCUGCUACAGGUACGCUUGUGUCAGAAAUUUCCACACAAUGCUCAGAGGGCGAUUGGACUUUAUCAAGUUUCCUGACCUUGCUUCUGAUUGGCCAGUUGAUGCACGGCCUCGGUGGAUCAACAUUAAUAACAGUCGGAUACUCAUUUAUAGACGACAGUGUAACAGCGGCUACAUCACCCGUAUAUAUCUCAAUGAUCGGUCUGUGUCAGAUGCUAGGACCCAUGUUAGGUUUCAUCGUCGGCGGAGCACUGUUGGAUAUUUAUGUUGACUUCGAGAGAAUGCCAGAAUCACAAUGGGAGUUAACUCCGACUGAUCCCCGAUGGGUUGGUGCUUGGUGGGUUGGAUUCUUUAUAUCCUCAGUCCUCAUGUUCAUAUUUGCUUUGCCUUUUAUUCUGUUUGGUGCUGAACUUCCGACCGCAAAAAACGUGAGAGAAACCAGGGUAUCGGAGACACAUAAUGAUGGUGAAAGCAAGAGACUUGACGGUACACAUUCUAUUCGCCAAUUUCCAAUAUUACUUUGUCGCCUGCUCAGGAAUCCAGCCUUCUUGUGCGUUGCGUUUGCUGGUGCAUUCAUGGGCCUAGUAACCAUCUCUAUGGCAACGUUCCUGCCUAAAUAUAUCCAGAAUAUAUACGGUACAACGGCGUCUUCUGCUGCAACAUACGCUGGUCUGUUGGUGAUUCCUGGUGCAGCUCUCGGGCAGAUGUUUGGAGGUUUUGUCAUCAGACGAUGGAGAUUAAAAGUGCAAUCCAUUUUAAAAUUCCUGAUUGCUGUCGUCACUUUGUCAAUGAUAAGUAAAGCCUGCUUCUUCAUAAAUUGUGACAUUGUCGUCUGGAACACUAACAUUACAGAUAGUGAACCUGUAACGUCUCUAUCGUAUGAAGAAUGUAGUGCAAGUUGCCAUUGUGACGAUAGCGUGUACCAAGUAGUGUGUGAUAGGGAGGGACGAAAAUAUUACUCACCGUGUUUAGCUGGAUGUCAAUAUGAAAUCUCUAGCAAGAUGUAUUCAGACUGCCAGUGUGUGUCGUCGGGAGCAAAUGUGACGUCUGUUACCAUUGAGAACUGUAUUCCAUCCACCUGCAAUUCACUGCUGUACAUUUUCUUGUUUAUGAUAUUUUUGUCAGCAUUCUUCGUAUCAAGUAGUACAGUGCCUGCUUUAACUGUGGUGCUAAGAUGUGCGCAUGAAAAUGAACGAACGUUUGCACUGGGUUUGUUGAAUUUCAUCGCUCGAGUAAUAGGAACAAUACCAGGGCCUAUUUUAUACGGGUCGGUGAUAGAUUCCACAUGCAGAAAAUGGGGCAAGAAAUGUGGCCACAAUACGUCUUGCUGGAAGUAUGACAACGCGAGAAUGGGGGAAUACCUUGCAUUUCUCGGUAUGGGAUUUACAGGUAUUGCAACUGUGUUUUUCUUCUUGUCUUACAAGCUUUACAAACCUCCAACUCCAAUGAAGAAAGAAACAACAGCAGAAAAGGAAUCUACUGGUGUAAACGAUCUAGAUUCACCCGUCGGAAUAUGUUCCUUGCCGGAGAUCACAGAGGACACGAAAUUAUGAGGGCGUUUAAGAAAAACUACACAUGUUUGUCUGUUGAUUUUACAUAUAAAUACAUGUACAUGCUAUUUCAACUCAGGCAUUUACCAGAGUCUUACUAAAAGCUUGAGAAAAAAUGUGGAGCAUUUACUCACUAGAUGAUCAAAUGCUAAACUGAAGAAUGACAAUGAUAACGUAAGGGGUUUUAACACAGUACUGUUCAAGUUGUUACACGAGAAUACCUAAUGCAGUCUCAGUAUUUAUAUUUUGUUAGCCUAAGUUAAAAAAUAGGCCUAUUGCGAAUUCUGCUAGUCUUAAGUACAUUUUGUUUUACACCUCCCUUGUAAAUGAUAUCCUCAACGUAUUUAUUUGGCGUAACAAAUCGUAUAUAUUCCAAAAAGUGUUUUUGAAAAAAAAUGCAAGUACUUAGGACAUUUUCAGCCAACGAAUGGAUACAGAGUUAACUGCACAUCUGUAUGUUGAUCAAUCAUAGGCAGUGUGUUUGGUAUGUAUGGUAAACAAUAUUUCAUGUUGGCAUCUUGUAGCUCGUAUACUGCAAAGAAAGUGUCACUGACGGUCUUUCAAUGACCCGCUCAUAAAUCCUGUUUAAAAGUUAUAAUACUUCACGAGUCACAUAUGGAACGCCGCAGCUGUCUAUGUCGACACAGUUUAACAAGAUAUCAUAGCUUUUUAAUAUCAUAACACGCUCUGUAGACAGGAUCACACUGUGCUUUGUCAUGACAACAAUAAUAAGACACUGUUUUGACAAGUUAACAUCUCACAUAUUUAUGUUAAUCUAGUAUAUGUCUUUCAUUUUCAAACUGUUAUAUCACGCGUUUGUUGUUAUCAAAUAGCAUUACGUUAUACAUUAAAUGUUGUAAUAUUUUUGUAUGAAAUAAAAAGUUUGUUGACUGCUA